ACUCGGCGGACCUGCAGGGCCGGCUGGAGGAGAACCGCCGCCAGCUGGCAGCGCUGGGCGCCGAGCCCGACCCGGAGGUGGCCCGCUACCUGGAGGACGAGCGGGUGGCGCUGAUGCUGCAGAACGACGAGUUCAUGGACGAGCUGCGCCGUAACCGCGACUUCAUGGACGCACUCGAUGUGGACACGCCCUCGUUUGCGGCGCCGCACUGGCAGGGAUACGAGUCGCUGGACGAGACCCAGCACGGUUCCAAGGACACCAACGCCAUCCACAAGUACCCCGACGACGAGGCCUUCAAGGAGCGGCUCAAGCACAUGGGCAAAGCCUCUCGGCGGAAGUUCGCCCAGCUGGCGCGGCUGUUCCACUUUAACCGGCGGGGUGGCGCGCGCGCCAUGCUGGGCCACGGUCCGGUGCCGGGCGGCGACCAGCUGCUGCUCAGCGAUGACCCGCUCACGGCCGGCGACCUGGAACCGGACGAGCCCGGCCACCGACCGCCCUUUGAGGACCGGCACACGGUGGAGACGUCGCCCCGGGAGGGGGGCGGCCGGCGCCACCACCAGCUGGUGUGA